AUGCGCUCUUCGUCUAGAUGGAGACUUACUGUUGAGAGCUCUGGUGCUCUUUCCAGAACAACUUCUGCUAGCGUCUCCAAAAAUAGUUCUCCUGUGAUCCGUAAAUCAACAGAGUCAAACGAGUCGUCUCAUCUAAAUACUAGCGCGUCUAAUCGUGGACGUCAUCGUGUGCACGCCAAGGUGGGAAGACCUCGACUGACCAAGUCUAUAGAAAUUCCGAAGAAAGUAGAAACCAACCAAAAAGUUGCAUCUCAAUGUUCGAAGAAUAACCUACGAACUAAGAGUCAGGAGUCAUCUGCUGGAGAAAAAUCUGAAGUUUCCAACAGGAAAAAUUCUGAUAAAAGAUGUCCGUCUGACGUGAAUUCAACUUCUGUUCAAGGAACUCUGAAGAUUACUCAGGAGGCUUCAUCAGAACCUGCGACAAAAAGACCCCGAGGUCGCCCUCGAUCCUCAAUCAUGAGUAAAGAAAAUUUGAAAGAAAAAUCAACACCAUCCUUUGAGGAAGUGCUUCGUGAUCAGUCUGUUAUUCAGUCCAAGAGUGAACCAAAGUCAGAAAACGGGCGUUCUAUUGACAUACCCAUUUCUCCCCCAAGUAUAUGUUCUCCCAAGCUACUCAAAAAGGAGGAUCUUUAUUGCGCUGAGGAAUUGAGAUUUGGAGCUUCUGACAAUGUUCUGCAGGAUUUGUUGAAAGAAAUCAACACCUACGGGGUUGUACCGAAAGUUUACGGUCACAAUGGACAAAAUUCCUUCAAAACCGAAGAUGUAAGCCCUGAUGCGGUUUUUGUUUUCGAUGUUCCUGUCGUUAAACAUGUUUUUGAAAACCUUUGGGAAUCUUCAAACACUGUAUUGAAUCUGGAUACUAAAGAUUUGUUUUUGGCUCUAAACGGUCUACUCCGUCCUGGUGUUUGCGAACUUUGGCGCCGUCGCCUAGAGGAGCAAAGCAAAAAGCUGAGCCGCAGUCAUAUGGGUCGAUUAAGACCAAACCCUCGACCUAGACGCUAUUCCGACAUGUUUGUAUCAAGUGGCGAUCAAACCAAUACUGGUCGACAUCCUAUUCCUGAUUUGCCCGUAUAUACUGAAAAAGUUCGUUCUGGUUCUCGAUCUGUGGCUGUGGCCGCCGCUCGCCUUACGGCGGCCAAGAGAUUAAUACGAGCUAAGUCAAACCACAAGAGAGGACCACGCAUUGUAACGGAUAGUACAUGUGGAGUUUCCAAAAAACUUCCACCCAUCGUAGGCAAUUCAAAUUCGACAGCCCGCUCUCGCCGUAAAUCACAAAAAGUGUCAAGUGGUGUUGAAACUGCUCCCCGUACUCGCCGGCGACCUGACGUGAGCCAUCAUAUCGACUGGAAGUUUUGUUAUGCUCAGUCAGACAAGCAAAACUCAUUGGUGAACCAAACUACGCCGAAGAGGCGUCGUAAAACAGAAGUGUCCCCGGAUAAAUGUCAGGUGCGGACGAUCACUCAACCAGACGUGGACGAGUUUGCUUCUGGCCAAGACUCUCCCACCAUCUCUGCUAGUAUGGACACAUCCACUGUGAAGAUUCACAGAGAAAAAAACGACUCUUAUUUCACGAAAGAUCAUCCUUCCUCUGAUGGCCAAAGUCCGUACACAUUCGAACUCAAAAAGUCACUGGCUCGUUUGGAAAUUGGCAGUUCAGCUGAUGGUCGUCGAAAACGACGACACGCACUAACUGUUCAAAGGAAGCGUCCCAUAGAGCGUCCUGUAUGCAAUCUUGCAGACCCGGACCACCUGUCCUGGCGAAAUGAGAUGGCGGAGAAGAAUGAUCCUCUCUCUGAUUCUUCUGUUACUUCAGUGGACAAUUACGAUCGACCUUUCCGUCAAAGCAAAUGGAUUCUUCCUCCAACACCUAGACCCAAAGGAAGCUCUCUCAAAUAA